AUGAAGUUCGGGUGGUUAGAGGUAGCCGCCUUGGCUUCGGCCUCAGUGGUCAGUGCCAAUGAUUUGUCUUAUUCUCCCCCAUACUACCCUUCACCAUGGAUGACCGGCCAAGGUGAAUGGUCUGAGGCCUAUAAACGCGCCGUCGAAUUUGUAUCCAACCUCACACUCGCCGAAAAGGUCAACUUGACAACCGGUGCUGGCUGGGAGCAAGAGCGAUGCGUCGGUGAAACUGGUGGUAUUCCCCGACUGGGAAUGUGGGGAAUGUGUUUGCAGGAUUCGCCUCUGGGUGUGCGCGACAGUGAUUACAAUUCCGGUUUCCCCUCCGGUGUCAAUGUCGCCGCCACCUGGGACAAGCGCCUUGCUUACCAGCGCGGUACAGCCAUGGGCGAGGAGCACCGUGACAAGGGUGUGGACGUACAAUUGGGCCCCGUCGCCGGCCCAAUUGGCAAAUACCCCGACGGAGGUCGUAACUGGGAGGGGUUCUCCCCCGACCCCGUCCUCACUGGUGUGAUGAUGGCCGAGACCAUCAAGGGUAUGCAAGAUGCUGGUGUCAUUGCUUGCGCCAAGCAUUUCAUUGGAAACGAGCAGGAGCACUUCCGUCAGUCUGGCGAGGCUCAGGGCUACGGGUACAACAUUACCCAGAGUGUUAGCUCUAACAUUGACGACAAGACUAUGCACGAACUCUACUUGUGGCCCUUUGUUGAUGCCAUCCGUGCUGGUGUUGGCUCUGUUAUGUGCUCCUACAACCAGAUCAACAACAGUUACGGCUGUGCUAACAGUUACACGCUGAACAAGCUGCUUAAGGGCGAGCUUGGCUUCCAGGGCUUCAUUAUGAGUGACUGGGGUGCGCACCACAGUGGUGUCGGGUCUGCGCUUGCUGGUUUGGAUAUGUCCAUGCCCGGUGAUGUUUACCUUGGUAGUCCUUACUCCUACUGGGGUACUAACCUGACCAUCUCCGUUCUGAACGGCACUAUCCCUGAAUGGCGUGUCGAUGAUAUGGCUGUCCGUAUCAUGGCUGCGUACUACAAGGUCGGCCGUGACCGCUACCGAACUCCUCCCAACUUCAGCUCCUGGACCCGCGAUGAGUAUGGGUUCGAGCACUUCAUGGUCAGCGAGAGCUACAUCAAGCUCAACGAGCGUGUCAACGUCCAGCGUGAUCACGCCCAGGUCAUCCGCAAGAUUGGAUCCGAUAGUACUGUUUUGCUCAAGAAUAAGGGCGGUGCUUUGCCCCUGACUCACAAUGAGAGGUUCAUCGGUAUUCUGGGGGAAGAUGCUGGCUCUAACGCCUACGGUGCCAAUGGCUGCAGUGACCGUGGCUGUGAUAAUGGAACCCUUGCGAUGGGCUGGGGUAGUGGAACUGCCAACUUCCCUUACCUGAUCACCCCCGAGCAGGCUAUCCAGAACGAAGUGCUCGACUAUGGUAACGGCCAGACCAACGUUUUUGCCGUGACUGAUAACUGGGCCCUUACUGAGAUAGCUGCCGUUGCUUCUCAGGCUUCUGUUGCGCUCGUUUUCGUCAACGCUGACUCUGGUGAGGGCUACAUCAACGUCGAUGGCAAUGAGGGUGACCGUAAGAACCUCACCGUGUGGAAGAACGGCGAAGAGGUCAUCAAGACCGCCACCGAGAAUUGCAACAACACCAUCGUUGUCAUCCACAGCACUGGCGCUGUUCUCAUCAGCGAUUGGUAUGACAAUGACAACAUCACCGCCAUUCUCUGGGCUGGUCUGCCCGGCCAGGAGUCUGGUCGCAGUCUGGUCGAUGUUCUCUACGGCCGCAUCAACCCCGGAGGUAAGACCCCCUUCACCUGGGGCAAGACUCGCAAGGACUACGGCCCUGAGAUCCUCACCGUUCCCAACAACGGCGACGGUGCUCCCCAGGACAACUUUGAUGACGGUGUCUUCAUUGAUUACCGCCAUUUUGACAAGGACAACACCGAGCCGAUCUAUGAGUUCGGCUACGGUCUGAGCUACACCAGCUUCGAGUUCUCCGACCUGAAGGUCACCCUAUUGACCCCCACCAAGUACACUCCUACCACCGGCAAGACUGAAAAGGCUCCCGUCCUUGGCGAGCCCGAGAAGGCCUCUGACAACCUCUACCCCGAGGGUCUCCAGCGCGUCACCCAGUACCUCUACCCCUGGUUGAACUCCACCGAUCUCCGCGCCUCUUCCGGCGACCCCGACUACGGCAUGGCCUCCAAGGACUACCUGCCCGAGGGUGCCACCGACGGUUCCCCCCAGGACCUCCUCCCCUCUAGCGGCCAGGACGGCGGUAACCCUGGUCUCUUCGAGGAUCUCUUCCAGAUAACCGCCACAAUCACAAACACCGGCUCCGUCACUGGUGACGAGGUUCCCCAGCUCUACGUCUCCCUCGGCGGCGAGGGCAACCCCGCCAAGGUUCUGCGCCAGUUCGACCGUGUCACCGUCGCCGCUGGCCAGGUCGUCCAGUGGACCACCACUCUCAACCGUCGUGACCUGUCUAACUGGGACGUCGUUUCGCAGAACUGGGUUAUCUCUCCUGCUCAGAAGACCGUGCAUGUUGGUAACUCGUCUCGCAAGUUGCCUCUUUCGGCUGCGCUGCCUUCCGUGCAGUAA